AUGGUAAGUGCACUUUUUGGAGAAGGUUUUGAUUUUGAGGUUGGGUUUUUUUUAGAAGUAUCUCCUGCUUUUGGCUUGUUUUGUGGUCGGCGCUUUGUGCGUUUGUGACAGCGAUGAGGAUAACACUGUCUCGGUUUUAGGUGAGUUUGGGGGGAGGGGGUUGAAGCUCCAAGGUUAGGAAUUUAAAAAUUUUCAGAUUUUUGAAAAUUGAUUUAUUGAGAAUGUGAAUAAAAUCACUAAAAGUUAAAAUCCAAGGUUCUCUGACUAUAUCAAGCAAAGAUCUGAAGCUCUCAACACCACAUUCACAUUCCCCAUAUCAUUCUACUCAUUUCAGACCAAUUCCGUGACCGUGAAAUCAGUUCAUACGCCGAAAAACUCGAAGGAGACGAUCUCAUCGACUACGUCAAUGAGAAACAAUCCUACUGGACAGCCAAAAAACAACGCCGAUUCUCUCAUUAUCACGGAGAAUCAAAAGAGAAAAAAUGGGGUUUGAUGGGAGUCAAUCAUGUCAGACUCUCUGUAAAAGCCAAACAACAUUUGUCAUCGACCAAAGAUCGAGAAAUGGCGAUUCCAGAGAAUUUCGAUUCUCGUGAAAACUGGCCAAAUUGUCAAUCUUUGAGAAACAUUAGAGAUCAAUCGAGUUGUGGUGGGUUUUUGAAUGGGGAAAGGGUGAUUUUGAAAGUCUUUAGAAAUAUUCUGAAUUAAUUUUCUGUUGAAACUUGCUCUCAUGGCUUUGGUAAAAAUUGUGAAAUUGAAUAAUCAGCUUAAAAGGAUGUUCAGAAAAUCGGAAAAAUUUCAGCUCUAGAUAAAUUUUCAAAGAUUUUCAGAACUAUUGAAGCCCUGUCCUUUAAUUUCAGCUUGAAACUUUUAAUUUGAAAUUGAUCCGAAACUAUUUGAAUUUCAAUAAUUAUUCCAGUUUUUUUUGAAAAGGUUACAAUUUUUCGUCAAAAUCAAUCAAUAAUUUGAAAAAAAAAACAUUACAAAACUACAGUAUCUUUCACAUGUUUUUCAAUAACCAAUAAUCACAUACUUCAAAAAAAAAUGUAUUUUUGGCUCACUAUCUUGAUUGACCUUUUUACUGUAAUUUAUCAGCGCCAUCACGCGCCGCUUAUCUUUUUCCACUUUCCCAAACAAAAACAACAUCUUAUGAUUCCUUCCAGGAUCAUGCUGGGCUUUCGGAGCUGUCGAAGCAAUGUCUGAUCGUAUUUGCAUCGCAUCAAAAGGCGAAAUCCAAGUCUCACUCUCCGCCGACGAUCUUCUCAGUUGCUGCAAAUCUUGCGGAUUCGGUUGCGAUGGCGGAGAUCCACUCGCCGCUUGGAAAUAUUGGGUGAAAACCGGAAUUGUGACUGGAUCAAACUAUACAGCUAACGAAGGUUGCAAACCAUAUCCAUUCCCACCGUGUGAACAUCAUUCAAAGAAAACACAUUUCGAUCCCUGCCCACAUGAUUUGUAUCCAACACCAAAAUGUGAGAAACAAUGCGUCUCGAAAUACACUGAUAAAUCAUAUAAUGAUGAUAAAUUCUAUGGAAGUUCGGCGUAUGGAGUCAAAGAUGAUGUUGAAGCGAUUCAAAAAGAAUUGAUGACUCAUGGACCACUUGAAAUUGCUUUUGAAGUUUAUGAAGAUUUCUUGAACUAUGAUGGAGGAGUCUAUGUUGUGAGUUAGGAUUUGGGGGAAAAUCUAAAAAAAAAUCAAGAGGCGGAUCUUUUGAAACAUUUGAAAAAUGUUUAAUAUGAGCAAUCCUCCAUAUUUCUUCCAGCACACCGGAGGAAAACUCGGUGGAGGUCACGCUGUCAAACUUGUCGGCUGGGGUGUCGAAAACGGAAUUCCAUACUGGACUUGUGCCAACUCAUGGAACACCGACUGGGGAGAGGAUGGUUUCUUCAGAAUCCUCCGUGGUGUUGAUGAAUGUGGAAUUGAAAGCGGUGUUGUUGGAGGAAUCCCAAAAUUGAACAGCGUUGAUUGGACUCUUCGUCGGUAAGAUUUUUUUUUAAUUUUUCUUAAAAUUUUUGAAAUUAAUUACAAUUUUUUCUAGCCACGCUCGUCACCACCGUACCCAUUUCGAUGAAAACGACAUUUAA